UUUACUAUUAAAGAUAUUAUGUGUUUAUUUGAAGAGACUAUUGUAAGAGAUAUUGUUUCUUGUUGUUCGAGAUUAUGUGUUAAGUUUCCAUAGGCAAUUUACCCAAUUUUCCUGUUAUGUACUGUACUUUUAAAUUAUUGUAUUUUUUCAAGUUUAUAGUAGAUUUUUUACAAACAUAAUUUUACAAAAUGCCAGUCCUGGGUAUCGAUGUGGGAUCAUCAACCUCAACCGUCGCAACGAUCUCACGGGGAGCUAUUGAUAUAGUUUUAAAUGAUGUAUCUCAAAGAUAUACUCCAACUUGUGUAUCAUAUGGAGAAUACCAAAGAGUUUUUGGUGAUCAAGCAAAUACGCAGAUUGUAUCAAAUUUCAAAAAUACGUGUCGUGGAUUCUUGAAUGUUCUCGGCCUCAACUUGAAUUCCGAUAAAGAUGAAAACUGGAACGUAACGGAACUGGAUAAAUUUUUCAGCUCAACUCCACUUGUAGUAGACGAAAAGGGUCAACUGUCAUAUCAGGUAACAAAUGCCGGGAAAACUGUCAAUGUAUCUGCCGUUUCUGCUCUGGUUGGGUACCUGAACUACCUAACUGACCUGGCAGAGAAGUACACAGGAGGAGUGUGUAGAGAGGUGGUGAUGUCAUAUCCAAGUUGGUUCUCAGAAUACCAGAAGAGUUUGUUGGUCGCAUCGGUCAGAGCCUGUGGCUCUAACUGCCUGAGAUUAGUCUCAGAAGGAUUUGCAAUGGCAAUGGACUACGGAAUGUAUAGGCUAAAGCAGCUUAACGAUGAAAAGGCAACAACGGUGGCAUUAGUUAACAUAGGACACUCACAUACAACAGUGGCAAUCGUUGAUUUCUUCGCAACAUACUGUGUAAUACUAUCAGAACUGUCAGAUCGAGACCUGGGAGGAAGGUACCUAGAAUACCUUCUGAUGAAUGAAAUGUGCCAAGAAUUCAACAAAAAGUAUAAUUUGGACCCUCUGGGUAACACAAAGACUAGACUGAAGGUUGAAGCCACGGCAUCCAAGGUUAAAAGGGUUUUAUCAGCAAACUCGGAAUCGUCAUAUUCACUGGAGUGCUUGAUGGAAGACUAUGAUUUGAAUGGUCACUUGAAGAGAGAAGAGUUUGAAGUGCUGUGCUCAAGAGAGUUCCUGCCGAGAUUGUCAGAGCUUUUAAUGUGCUCACUCAAAGUGUCAGGAAGGACAAUGGAGUCAAUAGAUUCAGUUGAGGUGGUUGGAGGAAUCACAAGGGUACCAUGUGUACAGACACUGAUAUCACACGUGUUCGAUAAACCAGUGAGCAAAACACUAAAUGCAGAUGAAUCAAUAGCAAGAGGAUGUGUUCUUCAGGGAGCAAUUAAUAGCAAGCAUUACAUGGUUAGAAAGUACAAUGUCAUUGAAAAGUUGUCGAGACCAUUCACAGUGACAUUCUUACCAGGACUAGGCCCCUUCUCACAACAACAAAUGUACAAUGCAGAGAUCCUCACAGUUGCAAAUGUGGGAACAAACUAUAACGAAGUCUUUACAGUCAAAGUCAAAUUAGACCCUCCAUUCACAGUUUUUACGUCAUUUGACGACCCGAGAAUAACGUCAAAGAACCAGCUUCCAACAUUCCAGUACACAUUGUCACAAGUUCAGGAAUACACGUCAUCUCCGAAGGAUAAACGCAAGGAAAAUAAGCCUGAAGAGAAGAAAGAAGAAGGAGAAGAAGGUAACAUGUCUGAAGUGGAGGAAUACUUGAGCAAAGUAGAGAAGGAGCUAAACCAAGAAGCAGGAAGGACUAACCAGAAUAAAGGCGGUCUGGACAGAGAUGCAGAUGGGUGGGCAAUCAAGUUUAAGUUUGACGAGACAGUCAAUUUGUUCUCUUUCUGCAGAGGAUUAGAUGUUAGUGUGAUGAGCCCAUUUAUACUAGAAACUGAUAAAUUAUCAGCCAACGAAUCGGCACAAAAGAAAAAGGACCUUCAUGAAACUAACAGGCUCAGAACACUAAACGACCUUGAAACCUACGUUUAUACAGUAAGAGAUAAAUUGCAAACAACCCACAAGGAUUUCAUGGACCCGAAGAACAUGAACCAAGUCAUCGAGAAGCUUAACGAAACUGAAAACUGGUUAUAUGAAAACAGAACAGCCACACUAGAAAGCUUGGAGAAGAUGUAUAAUACCCUCACCUCACAGUUCGACCCUGUUGAAAAUAACUACAAUAUUUAUUUAAACAAGGAACAGAAUUUGAGCUCAUUCUUUUCAAGGCUGAGUAACCUCCACCAAUACUCAGUAGGUACAGACAAUUCGUGGCUCAACGUUCCUGAGAAUGAAAGAACUUCAAUCUCAAACAAGCUAACCAUGUUAAGCAGUAACACCAUGAAACUUGUGGAAAGAGAGAAGAAUAUGCCAAAGUAUAAUAAUCCCCUCUACACAAUGGAACAACUAGAUCAGGAAUUGAAGAACGUCAAAGAUGAAAUGGAUAAGUUAAUUAAGAAGCAUAAAGUAGUAGAACAACCUAAAUCAGAGCCUGAGCCGGAACCUGAACCUGAACCUUCAAAGGAACCUGAAGUAACAGAACCUGAGGAAGAACAGAAAAACGACCCUGAAAGUCAAAACCAGGAAGAGGAGAUGGAAGUUGACGAAAGUAAAUCUCAGGAAGAAAUGGCCAAAUAAUGUAAUUUAUUUAUAUCCACAA